AUGAUCUUCCUGUUGCAGGCAUUUUUCUUGAUUGGUGCAGCAGUCACUGAMGUAAAUGCACUUGCAGAUCGUGCAGAUAUWAAAGUCCUUGCAUACUGGAGUCUCAAUGGAUCCGAAACUGGAAUUACAUUCCAUGGACAACCACAUACAUUUGUCAAAGGCCGUUUACCGGACACUAAAGCUAUUGCCUUGACAAGGGUGAAAAGCUACGCAAAAAUUCCAAGCGUCAGUCUUCAAUACAGAGGCUUCACCAUCGCACUGUGGGUAAAAUUGUACAACAUUCUCAGUUCAAGGUCGCAAAUGCUUGUGAGUGAUUGGUACCCGUCUUUUAAUUUCAAUUUUGUCAUUGCGAAUACCGGGGUAGUCGGCUUCGGUCGCCGUGCAAGAAAUAAUUAUUGGCCUUCGUUGGGUACAAGCAUUUCUAUGACAACCAAAGAAUGGCAACACSUUGCUSUUACAUGGAAUAAGACAUCCUCUGAAUUCAAAAUCUUCUUGAACGGAAACGAAGCGUCUUCAGUCUCUAUUCCACCAGCAAAAGCGUCAUUUUACUCGGAACAGCCGACUUUCAACAUUGGAAACAGUGGUUCUGACAAUGAAGAUCAGUUCAUUGGUGAAUUAAUGGAUCUCUACAUCACUGAUGGUGCAUUGAGCAGCGAACAAAUUAUCUUUAUCAAAGAAUACAGACAAGGCGGACGUGRACCGGCAGACCCUGUUAUUUCAGGUAGAUGUGUUGUAUCUUCAAUGCCUGGAAUAACGAACCGCACACGCAUCAAGACCAAACAAAUCGAGAUGGUUAACGGCUGA